AUGGUGUUAGGCCCAAACUCUCUGCUAGAAGUUUUACGAGCUUGCCGAAGGAAGCUAAGCGAGAACCCAAGGGAUAAGAUAUUCGGUGUGCUAGGCAUACUCCCAAGCGAUAUACGCGAACGCCUGCAUGUGAGUUACGACAAAUCCGUCAAGUCGCUAUAUCUGGAAGUCGCCCAACUCAUUGUCGGUUCCACCCAUCGCCUUGAUGUGAUGCGCGAAGCGAUUCACUUUCCUGUUCAGGUCAGCUUUGCCGACUUGCCUACAUGGUGUCCAAAUUGGGCCCAGGUCCCAGAAAACUCGGCUUUGUCCUCGGAUACCUUCUCGGCGGCAAGUGAUCGCGACGCUGAAUACGAGUUCAAAGACGAGUUACGGAAGCUUGAGAUCUCUGCCGUCGAAUUGGAUAUUAUCGAUACGACUGGUGUGGCGGUAGGCACUCUGUGCUCGUUACAAGACUAUCUCAUGGCGUUUCUGAAUUGGCGGAUGCUGAUGCUCUCUCAUUUCGACAUCACAGAAGAAGAAGAGGCUGAUCAUCCGCGCGUAAAUGACUUCUGCAAAACGCUUUCAUUAGGUCAGCCACUUGAAGAGUUGGAGAAUUGCUGGACAAGAGCCUGCUAUUAUAUCUUCUCUUCAUGGAUUCAGGAGCGAUUCCCGCGUCUUCAGCUGGACCCCAAGUUCAAGCAACAAGGGGAGUCGAACAACUUGCAAACCCAUGAGCUACGAUCAUUCAUACAAAAAUAUUUUGGGGACAGAAUGAUGGGCAGAACCUUUUGCAUCACGAAAGACGGGUUGAUGGGUAUGGGAACGGGUUUCAUGGGGCGCGAAGACAUCGUGAUUGUACCGUUUGGUUGUUCGACACCCAUCAUACUGCGUGCGGAAGGCGAAAGCAAUGAGUAUCGCUACGUUGGCGACGUCUAUAUCCAUGGUUAUAUGCAUGGCGAAGCGCUCGCAAGCGACAAGCCACUGAAGCCAGUCAAGAAGUACACGCUACACUGA